GCAGUACGGUUUACCGAGUUUAUUCGAAAACCAACAAUCGGACGGAACGGUCAUAUUUUUGGGGGAUUUUGCUCGUUUCGUGUCUGUUUUGCCACUCGAGUGUAAAGAAAUUUUUCCGUUUCCACACGCAGCGGUGCGUCGGGAAAUUCGCGGCGCCGAUGUGAAUAAAUAUUAUACAAAUAUAUCAAAGUUUCUAGUGCAGAAACCAGUUCGUUUCGAGUGUGCCUAGAGAGCUAAAUGUGCUGCCGCCCAUUUCCAAAUUAGAAUCAAUAAACAAAAAAAAAAAACUGGAAAUAAGAUCAGUUCUCGAUCCGAACAAAAAAAAUUAAUAAAGUCACGAGGAAAAUGAAACCAAAGCAGAAGAUAUCAACUCUACCGAUGGCGACAAGCGGCAACCUUAUGUUGGCUGGAAUGCUUAUGAUUCUGGGACUUCUGGUGGCCUCCAUCCAAGCCAUCGAUCAGAAAUCCGUAAAACCAUCGGCGGCAGCGCCAUCAUCGUCACAUGAUCCUCCAAUCUAUAUCGACGAUGACAGCCUUGAAGGAUCUGGUGGACGCGGCGGGAUUCACGACGAUCUAGAGAAAGAUCCGGACUAUUCUGGCUCUGGUUUUGGACCCGAUGACGAGGACGCCGAGCCCGAUCACCAUUCGCACGGUUCGCACAACUCGCAGCAUUCGCAGAACGUCGGCGGCGGUGCCAGCAUAAAUACAGCUCAUACACCAACACAAACCUCAUCCACAAUCUCGACACCAACGACUUCGAAUUGGACAACAACCACCUCAACAACAACCACAACAGCAACGCCAACAACCACCAGCACAUCAUCCACUACAACAACAACAACCACAACGGCAGCAACAACAAACAACAAUGGUCCAACGAACUCUAUUUCUGGCCAGAAUACUACCGAUGUCUUCUACCAACCUCAGAUGCCCACUUUCGAUCCCAAUGUGGACACUGAGGGCAGUGGUAAUGGCCAUGACGACGAUGACUACGACAACGGCGAUGACUUCGGUGGUGAGGAUGACGAAGACGACGAGGACAAGGACGAUUAUGAUGAUGCGGACCGCACCAUCGAUGGUCCUGCCACUAGAACUGACGAUGAUGUGAAGCCAGAAGACGAGAUACCCACCCACCAGCCGGACUUGAACGAAGAUUACAAGGAUACCAUCGAUCUGGACGAGGAUCCCAAAAAAGAGGAUGAAGUUACGAAUGUUGGUGGUGCUGCUGGUGGUGCUGUUGAUGUCGUUUCUACCAGAACUGAAUUUGAUCCCAUAUUUGGCCGUGGCAACGAUGGAAGUUCGAACCCAGAGCGCGAACCGGGCACAGGUGGCAACAGCAACGUCCACGCCUUGGACCCCAACACGAACGUGAACAGCCAGCCCUCCGACACAAAGAGCAUCGAUCACAGGGGCAACGGCAACGAGGUUGUCAUCAUGAGCGAGGACGAUCGCACGUCGAGCUUCUUCUCGCAGCCCGGCAUCCUGGCUGCUGUCAUUGGCGGAGCCGUGGUCGGCCUGCUCUGCGCCAUACUGGUGGUGAUGUUCAUUGUCUACCGCAUGCGGAAAAAGGACGAGGGAUCCUACGCCCUGGAUGAACCCAAACGCUCUCCGGCCAACAAUUCGUAUGCGAAAAAUGCGAAUAAUCGCGAGUUCUACGCCUGAGAUAAUGGCACGUCGCGCAGGUAUUAAGUUGGCCACGGCUGCAGGAGCAAAUCGGAGGGGAUAGACUCUGGGUGUGGUGGUGAGGCGAAAGGAGCGGAAGCGAUAGAGUCGGUAGCUCAACUGGAUACACUGUGCGGAGUGCGGAGUGGUAGUGCAAUGUCAUCAGCAACCCACUGAACCAUGGAACUAACACAAAAAAUAUUGAAAAUCUUUCAAACAUUUUCAAAUCAUACAAUUUUUCGUGAGGGGUAAAAUACUGAAUAAUAACAACCAACCAAUUGGCGAAAUAAUAACGAAAACUAAAAGGAAAGGAAAACUUACCUAUAAGUUUAUGCAAAAAGGCAUACACAUGACAGACAAGACGAUUCUCUGCGUGUGUGGAUGUGUGUAUGCAAAUUUUCUAAUUAAGUAAGUUUUAAGCGACAAAAACAAAGGCAAAAAAAAACAAAAACAAAAUGCAAAAAAAAUCAAACAAAAAUAUCAAGUAUAAUUGCAAUGAAAUCAUGCGAAAUUGAAUAUAUAAAUAAUAUAUUAUAUAUAUAUAAAAUUAUAAAUAGUGAAACCAAUAUAAGGGCGGGCAAAAUUAAGCGAAUUAAUUAUGAAUUACGAGUAUGUAGAGAAAAAGCAGGUGGAGAUGAUGGAAGAACUUGAAUAAUACCUAUUAUAAUAAUAAUAAUAAUAAUAAUACACACACACACGCGCAUUCAACUACAUAGAUGUAAAAGGAAACUUUCGUGCAUAUUGAAUAUAUAAAUGUAUUGAUUAUAUAUGUUAGCUGAAUAACGAAAGCGAAUUGGAUACAUCACGGUUAUCUCUCAAAUCUCGAUAGACCCCUCUUCGAAGCCACAUAACUGAUUAAUUUCCAUAACCAAUUCUCACCAUAGAUGCAGAUAGCAGCAGAAAGCAAGUCCAUUGAAAAUAAAUAUAAUUAUGAAUUGUGCGGCACAUAACAAACGGAAAUCGAUGCAUAAAUGUUUUUAAGUUAAUACAUAAGAAAAACUAUGUAAUUAUUAGUGUAAUUCCUAAAACAAAACGAUGAAAAAAAAACGAAAAACGAAAAAAAGCGAAAAGAACAGAAUAUGAACAACACACUCUGAACCUUUCUGGCAAAACCAAAAACCAAAAAACUGAAGAAAAAACUUAAAUGAGGAUUAACAAUUUCUACUUUUUUCUAGAAAACAUACAAACAAUGAAAAACACAAAACCUUUGAAUAUUUAUUGAAUGAAAUUAAAGGAAAAUGGAAUAUAGGAAAUGGAAAAAUGGAAAAAAAAUGAAAUGAAAAUCGUUAUAAAAGCAAUUGUACAUUAAUUUGGGUUUCCCAUUGGGUUUUAGAGUUAUACGAGAUAUCCUUCGCUUGACUCAACUGCUUCUUCCAUGGCUAAGAAUCAAAAUCGGAUUAACGCAUUGAAUUAUUGUGCAUUUAUUUAGUUUUUACGUUCGCUGUCAUUGACAAUUGUUUAGUUUUGCAAGCAAAAUACAAAAAAAUGCGAAGUACGAACAACAUCGAUAACAACUAACAACCGACAACUGCAACAACCAGCCACAGAUCAUACGAAAAACAAGCAAUAGUAAAAAUUUAUUGUUAAGUUUACAAGGCAGACAAAACAUCAAGAACAACAAAUACAAAAACAAUUAAAAUGACAGCAGUCGAGCAAUAUAAUGUUAAACCCCCUCCAGUACCCCUUAAUAAACAAAAAAAAAACACACACAACGUACACUCCAACCUCUUAAUCAACAAAUUAGCUGCAAUACUUGUUUAAUUGUUAGUCAACCAAUAUUCUCUCCAACUCUCAUGCCAUAUUUUCAUUGCGAAAAAAAAAGUUAUGAAAAGAAAAGAAAAAAAAACAAAAAUCAAAAACUAAUAUAUAUCAUAUAAGUAUAUAAUUAGCAACAUAAAUCAAUUGUGUGUGUAACUGUGUAUAAUGCAUAAAUAAUAAAUUAAACAUACUCCUACAUUAAAAACAAAGGGAUAUUUCAAACAACACCCCCCUAUCUCUCCUCUUGAAACUGAAACUUACACAACACACACCACACACACCCACAACACACAAAACAGAAACAAAAACAAAUACGAAACAAGCAAAAAAAUUGAAAUUAAACAAGAACCACAAAGCCAGAGCAGCUACAAGAACUUUAACAAUUUUCUGACUACAACUUUUUCUACACUGUAAAAAACGCAACCGCAUCUUUUUUGAUAUGUACACGUACUAUGUUUCACUCUCGACCCAUAGUACGUUGUUGUCAUAUUUUACAUCAAAUUUUUUGCUAUUUUGUAAGCGUUUAGUUUGUUAGUUUUUUUAAAAUGCGCUGAAUGUACUGAGAAAUUGGUUUUGAUUUGCUAAAUAAAACUGGUAUGAAACUAAUUUAAAACAAAA